AUGGCGCCGUCCCCCGUUACGUGCCGCCCCUCCGCGGCGGCGGCGCGGCACCGCCCGCUGCUGCUCCGCGCCCCCGCGCCGCGCUCUGCCGACGGAGCGGCGCUGGGCCUGGCGCUGCCGCUGCGGAGGAGGGAGGCGCUGGUGCUGGCGACGGCGCGGCCGCACGAGCGGUGGAUCGCGGCGGACCCGUGGGCGUCCGCGCGCGCGUGGACGAGCCUGGGAAGGGGCAGGGGGGGCGCGGCGGGGCAGGUCGCGGGGAGGAGCAGCGCGGGCGUCGGGAGGAGCGCCGGGAUGGAGGUGGCCAUCGCCGCCGCCGCGGUCGUCGCCAUGGGCACGGGGAACCGCGUCCUCUACAAGCUCGCGCUCGUGCCGCUCCGGCAGUACCCCUUCUUCCUGGCGCAGUUCGCCACGUUCGGAUAUGUAAUCGUCUAUUUCUCACUCCUGUAUCUUCGAUAUCAAGCGGGCAUUGUCACCGAUGAGAUGCUGUCUCUACCACAGAAACCUUUUCUAGCUGUAGGACUCUUAGAGGCUUUUGGAGCAGCAGCAGGGAUGGCAGCUGGAGCUGUUCUUUCUGGGGCUUCAAUACCAAUACUGUCACAGACCUAUCUUGUCUGGCAGCUUAUUCUAUCUGCUAUUUUCUUGAAGAGGCGCUAUAGAAUUAAUGAGAUAGCAGGAUGCUUUCUAGUGGCCAUUGGUGUCAUAAUAACUGUAGCAAGUGGAUCUGGUACUAGUGCUUCAUUUAAAAGUACUGGAAUCUUAUGGCCGCUGCUAAUGAUAAUAUCGUUCUUUCUCCAAGCUGCUGAUACAGUGUUGAAGGAAAUAAUAUUUAUAGAUGCUUCUAAGAAAUUGAAGUGCGGCUCAGUUGAUCUUUUUGUUGUCAAUUCAUAUGGCUCUGCUUAUCAAGCUCUUUUUAUGUGUCUCUUGCUGCCUUUCCUGUCAAAGUUAUGGGGAGUUCCAUUCCAUAUGUUACCAACGUACAUUAAAGAUGGUGCAGCCUGCUUCUUAAAUAUGGGAUCAAUAUCUGGUUGUGAAGGGGCACCACUACUACCACUACUAUUUGUGUUGGUUAACAUGGGAUACAAUAUAUCAUUACUACACCUACUAAAGAUCUCCUCGGCAGUCAUAUCUUCCUUGGCUUCUACAUUCUCAGUUCCGCUGUCCAUCUACGCUUUCACCCUACCACUGCCGUAUAUCGGUGUGGCAUCAUCUCUGCCACCUGGAUUUGUUGUGGGUGCAGCGGUACUCACCGCCGGCUUACUACUAUACAGCCUACCACAGGCACAACAUUAUGGAAGUUCUUUCCACAACAAAAAUGACUAG